AUGAGCGAGGGUCCCAUCUACUAUGCGGAACCGCCCCCGGGGCAGGUCCGCACGCCCGUCGACCCGCCGACCCGCCGAGGCGACCUGAUGGCGGCCGGCAUUUCCAUGACGAUUAUCGCCGGCCUCGCCCUGAGCCUCCGUCUCUACACCAGGAUCCGCGUCCUCAGCAAGAGGCUCGGACCAGACGACUGGCUGGUCAUUACCUCAUUCGUAGUCUCAGUCGCGAUGCUAGUCUUCGUGAAGAAAGACAUCGACCACGGCCUCACAUACCACGUCUGGGACAUUCUGCAAGACACGUACCAUAUCGGCGAACGCCUAUAUGGCCUGCUAGCUUACCUAUCGUUCAUCUUGAGCGUCAGCUUUGCUAAGAUGUCGAUGCUCGUCUUGUAUCUGAGGCUUGCGCCGCACACAUGGUUCCGGUGGACUUGUUAUACGUGCCUCGGGAUCAUUGCUAGCUACUCGAUAGCGGCCGCGUUGGUCGAGUCGCUAGCCUGCAGGCCGCUCCAAGGCAUCGUCGAUGAGAGCUUGGAUGCCGAGUACAUCGCUAUGGAUGUUGUCAUCCUCAUAUUGCCGAUUCCGUUAGUGAUACGAAUGCAGCUCCCUAAGCGAGAGAAGUUCUCGGUGAUCCUCCUAUUUGCGACGGGUAUUCUCGUAUGCGCUGUCGCGCUUCAGCGAGUGACUUACAUACCGGUCCUAGAAGCUAGCGAAGACUACGACUGGGAUGCGGUGCCCGAUAUGAUACUCUGCUUCAUCGAGGUUAACGCUGGUAUCGUGUGCGCCUCGGUGCCGGUGGUUCGGCCAUUCUUCAGCCGAUACCUGCCUGUCCUCCUCGGCGCCCACGCCAAGCACACUGACAGCGGAUCGUCGGGACCGGACAGGGCGGCCCACACGAUCGAGCGAGAUAACGCGGAGCGAUAUAAUCUCAAGCGUCGUAACAUGGGACCCGACGAAUCGUACAACAUGUCCUCGUUCUCAGACACGAGCAGGUGCCAGGACAGCCGCAGCGAGGAUGAGGAAUCCCGGUUGUGGCCGCAUCCUGAUCCCGACAAGCGUCAGAACCAAAAACACCCGUCCGGUAACGUGACUGUGGUCGCCUGA